UGUUGUGCUGAAAAGGGAAUUUUGUUUUAAUUCAUUAAAAGCUCAUGUGGAUUGUUGAUCUGGUUCCCGCUUCCUCCUCCUCAUACAACAGACUUUUUACACUGUUGCCGAAACCCGGGAACUUGGAGGAAGAAGUGCCACCACAGAGUCCUCACCACCAGGCGAAGUCAUCCGAGCCCUCACCGACAUUCAAGAGACACCACCAGGCCCACCUGGCCCAGGAGCAGCUCUUCCAGGAGCUCCUCCAGGCCCAAAUGGAGGACCGGUGGGUAUUGUAAAUCCUGUUAACCCAGGAAAGGUCCUCAGCUGCAACCCCAGAGGCAGUGUUGGCCAAAAUGGGCCCCCAGGAUGACCCGGAGGUGUUCAUGGGGCUCUUCGAGCAAACCGCUAGAGCCUCCAGAUGGCGGAAAUCCCAGUGGGCGAUUUGGUUGCUACCGCUGCUGUCUGGAGAAGCCCAGCUCGUGACUCAGCAACUCCCCGCUGACAACCGUCUGGAGUACGAAGACCUGAUGAUUGACCUGAUCUUGCAAUGGGUCGGCUGAACUCCAGAACAAAACUGCCAGCAUUUUUUUUUCUCCCUCACGCUUGCCGAGGUCGGCCACCCAUUUUCUGUACCCAGCUGUUCCGUGAUGCCUGCUGGCAGUGGGUACUGGCCGUGGAGGAGUGCAACGGCGAGGUGGUGAUCGAUCAUAUGGUGCUGGAGCAGUUCACCACUCGUCUGCCAAGAGGAACCGUGGAGUGGGUCCAGUGCCAUCGCCCGGUGUCACUGGAUGUCGCCGUCCAGCUGGCAGACGAUCAUAUGGCGAUGGGCCGUGAGGGCGUGAGAGGGAAUUAAGAGCGAGCCAGAUGCCAGAGAGGCAAAGAGAGUCGGAUACACGCAGCAGAGUGUUCCAGUGUAUUGUGUUGUGCUGAAAAACGAUUUUUGUGUUAAUUCAAUAAAAGCUCAUGUGGAUUGUUGAUCCGGUUCCAGCUUUCUCCUUUUCACACAAAGAACUUGUUACACACAGCAAUUACAAUCAGAACAAUAAACUUAUUUUGGGUCUCAAACUUUGUUUCCCACAAUGUAUUUCAUCACAGAUGUGAGAAUUGUGUUUCAGGUGAGAUGUGAUCAUUUGUGUGUGUUUGUGUUUUUAUAGUGUGGAUCAUGGAGGAGA